GUUUGCGCCGUGCCGAGCCAGGGGAGAACCCCAUACAUGAAGAUGAACAGAAGGAAGCCAUGUUGAAAGGAAAGAUGGAGAGAAAAGAACAAUGAGGUGAAUUUGAUUGCGGAUUGACGCCGGAGGUACUCAUUAACGCUCUCGGAGACAUAUUUGAGGCGUGCGAAACACGCCGUGCAGUGAUUCGCGGGUCGAUUGGAGACGGUCGGGCACGAGUGCUCCGUGGAAACUGAAACUUUACCCUGUCUACCCAUCGUGAAGUGGAUUGUUCUGAUCGGUGACGGCCAUGGAUGCAAGUACACCUGAUGAAACUAAGAAUGCUGAUGAAACUGGGGAGGCUGAGGCCUGCGUCCCUGAUGAUGAUGUGAAAGAGGAGGACGUAGCCGUUGUGGAGACAAGUCGGAAGCGAUCAUCGCCGGACGAUGAGGACGAUGAGGAUGAGGAAGAGAUGCCAGAGAAGAGGGCCAGAUUGGAGGAUACAGAUUCUACAGAGGCAGUAGGAAGUAUUGGCGACCCCAAGAAGGAAGAUAUAUCAGAAAAUCCCGAUGAAGAAGUGGUAACUCCUGCUGGAGAGACGUCAGUACCGCUUGAUGAAGACACGGAUGUUGCUACCAACGCAAAAGAUGAAGCAGAACCUGCCAAUGCUAACAAAGCUGUAAAUCCCGAUGAAGAAUCAUCAAAAGACAAAGAUAUUGUCAAAACUGAAAGUCCUCAAUCAGUGUCUGAUGAUGACAUGACUGGGCCAAAGAAAGAAGACGAUGUGAAGGAUGAAAAGACAUCCACACAUGACACACAGGAGAAAAGCAGUGCUACGAAUGAAGAUGAUGGUGGGCCAUCGAAGGAGGCGCCAAGUAAGGAAGUUGUGGAAGAUUUAACAGUUAAAGUGACUAAUUCUGUGAAACAUUCGGAGGAACAAAGAUACACUGAUUCUCCAGCACAAAAUGGGAAUGAUGAUGCCUCCACGGUGAAAUCAGAUGAUAGUGAGAAAGAAAAUAUUAGGAUACCGGAGAACCCUGUAGAUUUGACUGCACCAAAGAAAAGUGGGUCAGAUAUUAUUACAUUGUCUGAUGAUGAAGAUGAGGAUGCUAAAAUGCCAAAUGGAAUAGUAUUUAAAGAACCAACUGAAGAGGAACUAAGACACAGACGCAGGCUUAUUAAAAGACUGCAGGGUGAACUUCGCAAUGAAGAAGCUAAACUGGUCCUACUGAAGAAAUUGAGACAAAGCCAACUGUCCCAUCAGCUUCAAGAUCAUCCACCAGAACGUACAAAGCCUCCUAGCUCUAGCAGACAGAGCAAUAGUGGACCACCACCUCUAGUCAGGGGCGGACAGCAGAGUUCUUCCUCCAAGAUGGUACCACACAAUGGUCAUGGGCCACCAAUGAGGGGACAACAAAUUUCGCAGUCCUCUCGCUCCCAGAUGCAUGGACCACCACCUUUAGUCAUGGCUCCAAGAAUGGGCAACAGUCACAGUCACCUGAUGACUCACGGCAUGAGAGGAGGCAUGGUGCCUGGAGGAACUCCUCCAAGUCUGAUUUCUGGGUUCCGUAGCAUGUCGCAGCAGCAGGCCCAUAGACAGAGGGAGCAGCAGCAGCAACAACAACAACAGCAGCAGCAACAGCAACAACAGCAGGAGGAGGUGCAGACACCAGCUCAGAGACAGGCAGCAGCCAAACUGGCUCUACGCAAACAGCUAGAGAAGACAUUGCUACAGAUACCACCACCCAAACCACCACCACCAGAGAUGAACUUCAUUCCCAGCCUGUCCUGCCCUGAUUUUGUUUUGUUGCUGGGUUUAGAAGAAGUGGUUAAUUACAUCAUUGAUUCUCAGCUGAUUGCCCGGGGAGAGAAGAACCCUGAUGAGAAAUUUGUGUGUAACCCCUUCUCGUGUGUGCAGUGUAACUCCGACUUCACUCCAGUCUGGAAAAGAGAGAAGCCAGGUUCUAAAAACGUUAUCUGUGAACACUGUGUUACAUCAAACCAGAAGAAGGCGUUGAAGCAGGAACACACAAAUCGUUUGAAGAGUGCCUUUGUUAAGGCUCUGCAACAGGAACAGGAGAUCGAGCGGAUGCAGGCUCAGAGUGUGAAUGAGCCCCCGACACCGAGGUCAAGCACAACCACCACUGCCUCAACCCCCGUGUCUACAACACCUCUUGGUCUAGUGUCCAGUUCUGCCAUGGGUCUCUCCACAAACUCACCAAUGAACCUCACACCCUCCUACAAGCCUAGUCAGGAGCAGUUGCGACAACACCAAAAUUUCAUCCAGGCUCAUCAAGCCCAGCUAAGAGCAGGACAACCUCUCGGACUACAACCCUUUGGACACCGCGGACCUUUCCCAUACCAGAUCCCAUUCACCAAACCUUCGGACCUACAACGACAAUAUUUGCUGGACCUCAUACCUCGAGGAGGAGCCAUGUCAUGGAAAUCAUGAAGAUGAUACGUUAUUUAUUGAUAGAAGCUGUUCUCAGAACAAACAACAAGACAAAUCAGUAACAUCAAUCAUGAAUCAGUGACAAUAACUUCGAAGAAGUUUAUGACUAAAGGCAGAUUGUCUGCAAUUUGUAGAAAAAUUCCAUUCAGAUAUAAUUCUGUUGUGACGUAGCACUAAUAAUCAUGGAAGUGUGUGUGUGUUGAAAUUACUUGCUGCUUAAAACAGACAUCGUCAUUUGUAGUUAUUCUCAAGAUAUAUAUAUAUCACUGACAGGGUACCACAGGAUGACUGGAAACUCGGCUGAUGAAUAUCAUGUACCCUGCACCAUCACUCAUUGUCCUUUGUCAAAUCAUGCUUUCAUAGUGAACUCACCGUAAUAACUGUAGUGGACUUGGCCAUACUCUGGGACAGUAACCGUCUGUAAAUUCAUUAAUUUCUGAUCACACGAUUCCGUUGUUGUGUUCAGUUCACCUUGUGUCCUGGGACCGGAAGCAGGGAACCACCCUCUACAGUGACUCCUGUUGUACAAGCCUGUAUAUGACACUAUCACAGUGAAUAUGUUAUUUAUGCUGUGUUUGUGGCCACUGUUCCUGCCGGCAUUUGGUGAUAUGUUUAAUAAGCAAUGUUGGACUCCCAACUUAUCGGGGCUACCGGUCCGGAUUUCUUAUGAUUUGGAGCUGGGGCGAUUCACUUGAAUAAUGGAAGUUUGUGAUACAUAAAGGAUGACUUAUAUGUAUCAGUAAAGGAUUUAAUUUUGCAAAUUCACUCUGGUAAUGAAAACUAUUGAUGGAAAUAGAUUCACUGAUGAUAGACUCAUCCAGAAAUCCUUUUUUUUUUUGGUUUCUUUCAUUUUCGAGUUAUGUAUUUAUUUCACUUAUAAUUCAUGUAAGUUGAGACAUUUUAGUUAAAUGUCACGUUGUAGCAAGGUUUUUCCGGUGAUAUAUGUGAGCUUAUUCUGGUACUUCAAGGCAUCACAUCUUAUCUAUCGUAUUCAUACUGCUUAUAUUAUUUUACAAAACAAAGACGUGUUUGUUAAGUUAAGAAAAUGGUGAUAUUUGGUUUAUGGUAUCUUUGAUUGAUAGUACCAUCUGAUCAGUAAUCUUGUUUUAGUUGAUUACACUAGUGGCUCUUCAGGCACUGGCUUGAUUUAGCACAUUCAAACUGAGUGGAACCAAUUUUGUAUUGAUGGUAUUGCUAGGGUCAUUGCUGGGUUUGACCUGGGCUGUGAUGUAGCCAUAUGUGACCCUCACAAGGAUUUGCAACAUUCUCAGCAGUAUAUAGCAGAACUGCCUGGCCAGGCGUCAUGCAAUGUAUAGCCCUCGUGACGACGACAUUAGCUUUUAAUGUAUCAUUAUGCCAUAGAUUUGGGUGUCAUAAUCAAUAAGUGCUUGCUCUUUAAUACAAAUAUUCAAUUUGAUAAUUUAUGAGCUAACAAAGCCUUGAACUAUGUACAGACAUGUUGAUGAGUAUGCUGUAGAACUAUAUUCACAGGCACUUCUGUAAAAACCUCUUCAUAAGAGCAUUGUGUGACUGGAACGGUUGGACUUUCUGUGGUAACGUGGUGUUAUCCUAAAAGAGUCACUGCAGCAAUCAUUUAAGUUUAGGUUGUCCAGCAAUGGCUGCAGAUAAGCCAGCCCAACCACAUGGCCCAUGAUGAGAACUUAGAAGUCAUGUAAAUGGUCACCUUAGUGUUCUGGCAGUAUAACAAUUUCAACAGAGGACAGUUCCUUUUCUUACCAGUCUAAACCUCCCAUCUGCGUCUCGGACUUGUCAGUAUAUGAAUCACAGUCACGUUGUGCAGGAAGAAGCCAGUUUGUGUUGUUACCAUGAUUGCUGGGGGACAAUUUUGCAUGGUCCGUUUCCUCAAAACUGUAGGACUUAAUUUGUUUGCAGCUUAGUGUUUUGUUAUAACAUGAGACAUUUGCACUACAAGACAUAGUUCAUGGUGGUCAGGUGUUACCUAAUUGCUCGAUUUAUCAAUCAUCUUAUGACUCGUAACACUUGAUCUUUCAAUAUUUAUUAGCAAAUCACACAAACUUGUGUGUCACUUAAUGAUAUAUUAAAAUAAAUACUCAUCCGAUGCAUUGACAUAUAUUUCCAACUGCUUCAAUCUCAAGGGCACACGUCACUUUGUGUAUCUGAUGCGUCUACCGAUCAUGAUGCUAGCAGUCAUUUGUUGUAAAUAGAUUGUGAGAAUAAUGACUAAUCCUCCUAGAUUCACACCAAAACUGCUAAUUUACAAACUCACUUAAGCAGACCUACAAAUGAGUUCCAUUGAACUGGGUGAACAGUAUCGUUGAGCAUUGACAAAGUAUGCCAUCUGUUUGAACCCUGACCUUCUUGACUACAAUCAAAUUCAAAUCUCGAUGCUGAAUUUUGAUAAAUCAGUAGGUUAACCAGUGUUAUGGUCCGUACUGUUUCAUGACUAGAGUUUCAUGGUGAAUGGGUGAAUCGUACCAGCUCUGUUGAUUUUGUUCUGAUGAGUCUUCCUGCCCCAGCAGUGCAGGGUCAUCAGUUGAUGAAGAUGUGUGUAUAAGUGGGCCACAGCGCCGUCACAGCAGGAUGUUUGGUGCAGAAUAUCAGUAUGCACUUGCAGUUCUGCACAAUGUUCGUAGCUAAGAUGGUGAAUAAAACCUAUUUCUUGCA